GUAAGGCUCUGAACACUUCGUCACGCCCAGCAUUGGGUAGCCAUGGAGGUCCACGUAAAAUGGACAUGUUGUUUGGCGCUAGCCUGCUGUAGCCUGUGAGGGGAGGUUAGACGCUUUUCGUGAUGGUUAGCACAUACCAAGAAGGAGCUGCUAGGCAGUUCUGAGGGAUUGCAGGAAUGAUGCCAAUGAUGGUCAGCAUGGCGUGAAGUAAAGCGUGUCAAGGCCAGCACGGUUCGUGCAUCUCAUGCAGCUCCCCUUGUCCAGCUGAACCGCACGUAGCAUUGCUUCCCCUGGAUCAAAAUGGUGGCGACCAGGCGGUCUGGGUCAGCAGGCAAGAGUCCAAGUGACACAAAUGAGGAGAGCACUGGUGGACAGGAGGAGCCUCGGAAGCUGCGUGGGAGACGGCUGUCCGCAGGCAAUGCCGACAGCGGGAAGAGGAGUGCCAGCCCUGCGGAGCUGCCGGAGGUCACGAGUGCAAAGAGGCAGAAGAUUGACGAAGGGGAGCAAGCUGAGAAAGCGGCAGACAACACGGAAGCCCUGGAGCCAGAGAAGGGGGCCGAGCCAGUGGAUGCAGUUCCGGCGGUGGAGGGCGCCAAACCCACUAGCCCUUUGCGGGAGGUGAAAGAUGAAGUUGUCGAAGAUGCGCCGGGGGCGCAGGUGAAAGAGGAAGAGGAGGCGCCGCAAGGGUUGCCGCCAGCGGAGUCCCCACGGCCGCCCAAUCAGCACCUUGCAGGGUCCCCUGCGGCCCAGUUGGGCAACUAUGGGGAGUUUCAAUUGCGGAUGCGGUUGAUGCGGGCCAAGCAGCAGGCAGAGGCUGAGGCGAUGCGCACGCCCCUGAUGGCCCCCUCGUCGAGCCUUGCUGAACAGAAGUGGGGAGACCUCAUCUCACAGUUCCCUGAGAAUCCGCAUGCGGUUUUGUCUGGCGUCUGCUUCACGAUCGGCCGCAGCAAGUCGUGCAGCUUGCGCUUGCCCGAUGCUGAGGUCAGCGGGAUGCUCGCCAGGAUUUUCCUCAAGGGGAACUUGGUGUACUUUGAAAACCUGGGGGGAACUGGCACUGUGAGCCUGAACGGGAGGGAUGCCAAGCGGGGGGACAAGGCAGUGCUCAAGAGCGGAGACGAGCUGACGUUCUCAGGCUCCAAGCAGUUCGCUUACAUUUUCCAGCAGCGAACGGAUACUCCUCUACCCCUGAGGCAGGGAGGGGCGUUCCCUAGUGUCGACUUUGACGACAACAUGGAACGCGUGAUGCUGAAAAUCCCCCGGCCGUCCCCUACUCCCGUCAGCGACCUCAUGAUUGAAACACUGUCCAGACUGCCAAACGCACGAAGCCCACGAGAGGGUCCGAACCCAAAACCCCCGCUGCCGACGAGGGCCUUUGCGACUUCGCUUCGUGACGCUGCCAUCGCGGAAAUGCGAACCCUUCAGGCAGAGAAAGAGGCGCUCGAACGGUACGUGUCGCAGUGGCAGGCGUCCAAGGAUUCUGUGGUGUCAAAUCCCGAGAGCUCCCAGGGGAGGGAAAAGGAGGGCGAAACGGCAGAAGCGGAGAAAGCGGGCGGUCACACACCCAAGGAGGCUGCGGGUAAAGAGGGUGUAUAUGCGCUCAACCGGGCCCGGAGCUUCGAGGCGCUGCUGCAGGCUGCUGGGGAGGCGUCGAAGGGCCGGGAAGCCGUCGGAGAGGAAAAGGACGGGAAUGAAGGGGGCGGUGAAGCAGAAAAAGCUGCUCCGGAGAGUGAGAUGAAAGCGGAUCUAGGUACGGGAGGGGUAGUCGAAGCGGGCCAAACAGAUGGGGAAGGAACGAGAAUCGAGCCGCAGGUUUCGAAGGAACCACAGGCUGGCGAGGCGAAGGGUUUGCGAGAAGCACCGAGCCUUCCAAACCCGGGCAAGGACGAGCCGGUAGACCUUGACGCAAAAACCAAAGCCGCAGAGGGGGCGGUCGCGGCCAAGCGGGCCGCGCUCAAGGAGUCCUUUGCCAAGGCACUCGUCGAUCCUUCGGGAGCAACCGUCUCGUUUGCGAACUUCCCGUACUAUCUCAGCGAGACGACGAAGCAGCUUCUGAUCGGCUCCGCGUUUGUGCACCUCAAGAAGAACGAGUAUGUGAAGUACACGAAAGAGCUCGCGGCGCUGAGCCCGCGGAUGCUGCUCGCGGGCGGCAGCGGGACGGACAUCUACCAGGAGACGCUGGUGCGUGCGCUUGCGGCGCACUUUGGCGCGAAGCUGAUGGUCAUGGAUGCUGCGGGGACGGACGAGGAGCCUUCACCGACGGAAGAAGCGGAGGAGGUGGUCGAGCCUGCAGUUGAGGCUGUUCCCGAGGAGGAAAGAAAGGUGGACGCAAUGUCGACCGAGGAACCAACGGUUCCCGAAACGGGGAAUCAUGCGGAUGCUGGCGAUCCCCCAAAGAAAGCACCGGCGGCAACUGACGAGGGUGGAGAUAUGGUGGUAGACGAAGAGAAACCAACCGAGGCAACCCCAUCAGAGCCCCCUGCUCCCGUGGUCUUGGAAAGAGAAGGCACCCCGACCGAAACAAGACCAAUAGAACAGCGCGUUUCAGAAGCUGCUAAGGCCAAAGCCCUUGCUGAAACGGACAUUACUCAGGAGACGGACAACCCGACCCGACCGGCAGAAACCCCCGAAGCAAACUCACUGGAGCCAAUGGAGACAGAGGCGCAGCCUAGCUCGUCAGAAAACGGGACCGACAAUGCGGCAGAAGUGCCCGACCUAAACCUUGCGCCGACGUCGGGGAAAGCUGCACUAGAGCGAAAAGAGGGCGAGUUAGAGCCAGGCGAAACCAAGGUAGAGCCCGGGGGAAAGGAAAUACUGCUCGAGGACUCGGUAGCAGUUACCCGAGAGCCAGGUGAGAGGGAUCCCCCGGGCAGUGGCGAGAAGGACGAUGAUUCGGUGCACGCGCUCCUGGAGGGAGACAAUGAAGACGAGAAGGAAGAGGACUUUUGGGGCCGGUCUGAUGCGAAGAUGGAUAGAAUUGAGCGGUCGCUGUCGGUGCUUCUGGCGACGAGCAGGCCGGAGGGGGGGCGGGGGGAACAGGGGGCGCGCGGGAAGGAGGGCAAGAAGGGGCAGUUCUUCAAAAGGGGCGAUCGGGUGAGGUUCCGGGGAGGGCCAGGGACUGCGAACGUGUCGAGUAGCUUGCACACCUACCUGUGCGGACUGGCGGCCGAGAAGCAGCUCAAAACUGAUCCACCGAUAAGGGGCCCGUGCGUGGGGUGUCGCGGCACGGUGAAGCUGGUGUACAGCCCAAGCCACAAGCUGGGCAUCAGCUUCGACAAGGCGGUUCCAGGCGGGAGCAACCUUGGCAACCAGUGCGACGACGGCCACGGCUUCUGGUGCAACGCGGCGAACCUAGAGCUGCUCGAGACAGUCGAAGGCGUCGAUACCGAGGGGAUGCGCAUGGACGCCCUUUUUGAGGUUCUGUCCGAGGCGAGCGCGGCGGGCCCCGUCAUUUUGUACAUCCCGGACGCGGAGCGGUCGAUCAUGGGCAACCUGGACAAGUACCUGGCACUGCGCAAGAAGCUGGAGGGCCUGCAGGGGCCCAUCGUGGCCAUCGCGUCCUACAUCAUACCAGACGCAGGAAAAGAAAAGUUCCAUGUCGGCGGGUCCACGCUGCACAAGUUUGGCGGGCAGCAGACGUCGCUGCUCGAGCUGAGCUUCAUCAACACGCUGAGCCGCCUGGAGGAGCGCGGCAAAGAGCAGCCCAAGAUCGCCAAGGUCCUCGAGAAACUGUUUCCCUCCAAGAUCAAGAUUCAGCCGCCGCAGAAGGACAGCGAGCUGCACGAGUGGAAGAAGCAGAUUGAGAAGGACGUGGCGACGCUCAAGGCCGAGUCCAACCGGGGCGUCAUCCAAAAGGUGCUCCGCGAGUCGAACGUGGGCUGUGAACAGCUGGCGGCGCUGGAAGUUAAGGACCAAAUUUUGUCGCCGGAUCAGGCCCAAAAAGUGGUGGCCUGGGCCGCUAGUCAUUACUUGAUGGCGGCAGAGGAGCCCGCCGUGAAGAAGGGCAGGCUGCAGCUGACAGUGGACAGCCUGCGCUCGGGCGUGGAGCUGCUGCGAUCGUUGCGCGAGGACGGCUCCCCGCUCAAAAAGUCGCUCAAGGACAUCGUCCUCGAGGACGACUUUGAGAAGCGGCUCCUCUCCGAAGUCAUCCCCGCGGAAGAGAUCGGCGUCGGAUUUGACGACAUUGGCGCGCUCGAGAGCGUGAAAGAGACGCUACGGGAGCUGGUGAUGCUGCCGCUGCAGCGCCCGGAGCUCUUCUCCCGGGGCCAGCUUACUAAGCCCACAAAGGGGAUCCUGCUCUUCGGGCCCCCGGGGACGGGCAAGACCAUGCUCGCCAAGGCGGUGGCCACCGAGGCGGGCGCCAACUUCAUCAACAUCUCGGUCGCGACGAUCGCGUCCAAGUGGUUCGGCGAGGGCGAGAAGUACGUCAAGGCCGUGUUCACGCUCGCGAGCAAGCUGGCGCCGAGCAUCGUGUUCAUCGACGAGGUGGACAGCAUGCUGGGCCGGCGCGAGAAGCCGGGCGAGCACGAGGCGAUGCGUAAGAUCAAGAACGAGUUCAUGGCCAACUGGGACGGCCUCCGCACCAAGGACCGCGAGCGGGUGCUUGUGCUGGCCGCCACCAACCGGCCCUUCGACCUCGACGAGGCCGUCGUGCGCAGGAUGCCGCGCAGGCUGAUGGUGCCCUUGCCCGACGCGGAAAAUCGGCGCAAGAUUCUGCACGUGAUCCUGGGUAAAGAGGAGCUCAGCGCAGCCUUCGACUUUGAAGAGCUGAGCCAAAUGACGGACGGGUACUCGGGGAGCGACCUCAAGAACCUGUGCGUCACAGCUGCGUACCAACCGAUCCGGGAGAUCCUGGAGAACGAGAAGAAGGAGCGUGCGAAGGCGAAGACGGAAGGCCGCCCCUGGGUGGCCCCCAGCAGCGAUGCGCCUCCCCCAAUCCGACCGCUCAACAUGAACGACAUGCGGCUAGCCAAGGAGCAGGUGUCUGCCAGCGUUUCCCCGGACGCUGCUAGUUCAACCGAGCUGGAGCAGUGGAACGAUCAAUACGGGGAAGGGGGUUCUAGGCAGAAGACGCAGUUGACCUACUUCAUGUAGAAACCGAAUCGAGGGAACGAGGCUGCAGCUCGAAUUGUAGUUCCAUACUGGAGGCCGCACAUGGCCGUUAGACGGUUCAUUUGAGUUCUGUACAGCAAUAGAAGUGAUAAUCAGCGAGGCUUGUACAUUUCUGCAGAGGCGGUUGAGGAGUGGUACUCGAGCAGCGCCAAGAGCGGGCAGUCCAGCAAGGAUAUGGUCCGGUCGACUGUUUCAAAGCGAUUGUGUACGGAAAUCUUGAGAUUGAAGACAACCAGGGCAUCAGUCGGGAUCCGCUUUAUAGAGCAAGCCUUCGCUGUUGCAUUCCAUGCAGCAAGAAAGCAUCAUCCGAGUGUAUUUGUCGUGGCGACGAUGGGGGCAACUCAAAUGGGAUUGGCCUUUUAAGGGAGCAAGAGGAUUUGACAGUGGGUGCUUAUACCCAUCACCUUAAGCUAUGUACCGUCGUAAGAAGCAUCCAUUUGAACUGCUUUGAAGAUGGGGU